AUGCAGUGCGAUAUCUGCUUUCGAACAGGCGGACAAGGAGACAAAAAGCUGCACUUCUUAUGCGCAACAGAUGCUCGGAACCAGCUCUACGAUGGACGAAUCCAAAAUGCUCGGGUGCUUCUCGAGAACGACGCUCUUAAUAAGCAAAUAAUCAACCUCUUUCCCAGUGACAAGGCUCAGCAGAUGAGCGAAGCCUCUCCAACUUCACAAAGCUCUAUAGAUAUAGCUGCUGUAUCUGCCGAGAAGGAACGAACGUUUGAUAGGACACAACAGAUUAUAACAAGGGCAGAUGAGUUAAGGGCAAAGGUCGAGUUGGCCAAGGAAGAGAUUGUCAAAAAGAAGGCAACUGUGGCUCGCAGGAGGUCUGACUUAGCUUCUGCUUCCAACGGAGUUGAGGCUCGUAGAAGUCGGCAGAUUGAAGAGGUGAAGAAGUCCACCGGUAUGACCAAACACAAAUGGAAUCUUGGACACUCUACCACCGCCUCCUCGAGGACUUUCCUAUGCGGCGAAGCUGCGAAGCUCUAUGGGCUCAAGAAGGGCAGAAGGAAUAGUGGUAGUGAGGAAUACAGAAUAGGCGGGGUGCGGAUCGUGGAUCUGAGAUCUUUGAACACAGCGAGUCCGGCUGAGAUUUCAACGGCAUUAUCCCAUAUUGUACAUCUAUUGAUGUUGUCUACACACUAUCUAGCAAUACGACUUCCAGCGGAGAUCAUCCUUCCUCAUAGAGAUUACCCACUGCCUACAAUAUUCUCUAUCGCUUCAUCUUACAAAUACACGGAUGUACCUUUCCCAGGCAGCACACCAAACCAAUCCUCAAAUACAAGUCCCACAGCUUCACGGCAUGCGGAAGCCCCGAGCAAUCUUCCCCACCCACGGCCACUCUUCCUCAAGAAGCCGCUCCCUCUCCUCUCCACAGAAGAUCCCUCAGGCUAUGGCCUCUUCCUAGAGGGCGUCACACUGCUCGCAUACGACAUAGCUUGGGUCUGCAAGAGUCAGGGAAUCCCGGUUGGAGACGAGAGCAGCUUCGAAGAUGUUUGUAACCUCGGCCGGAAUCUCUAUAAUCUACUCGUUGGGACCAAGCCGAGACCUUCACCUGGAAGCAGGGCAUCGUCUGCUCAAAGCACGCCGACCAAAGGUGGACGAGAGACAGACGGUGAGAGUGACAGGAAGAGCUCGGCGUUUACAACUAUGGGUAAUCUCUCUCACGGCACCGCACAUUCUUUCUUGGGCGGUGCAGUUGGUACAGACUUUAUCCGCAGCUGGAAACUUCCAAGUCCAACGAAACUCACCGACAAGCUGAAGUCAAAGCUCUUGAGCGAAGUCGCGAAUGCUGAAUGGGAAAUGCUUGACGCAGAUGCUUGGACGGUGGAUGAUGAGAUGGCUGAUGAUGGGGUUGUCGUCGGAGCAAGGAAGGAGGCGGCAGAACGCCUUCAGAACCUAGGCAUGCAAAGCUUCAUGAGCAUGAGGACGGUGGUGGAAGCUGUGGAGAUGGUUGGUGGUGACGGGGAGAGGAAGCCCGGGACAAGCGGGUGGACAAAAUUACGGAAGUAA